AUGACGCUUCCUAUUCCAGAGUACUUCACUCAACUUCUACAGCAGUAUGGUGUGGACACUGUUUUUGGUAUUGUUGGUAUUCCAAUUGUGGAGUUAGCAGAUACCAUGAUUGGAAAAGGUAUCAAGUUUAUAGCUUGCAGGAACGAACAAUCUGCAUCCUAUGCAGCAUCUGCAUAUGGCUAUCUGACAGGGAAACCAGGUGUGCUUUUAGUGGUUGGUGGUCCGGGGUUGAUACAUGCGUUGGCGGGGAUUUACAAUUCGAUGAGUAAUAGAUGGCCGCUAAUCGUGAUUGCCGGUAGUAGCGAGGAUCUUCAUAAGGGUGGAUUUCAAGAACUGGACCAGGUUAGUUUGCUUAGUGAUCAUUUGAAAUUCACUGGUAAAUUAACCACAGACCCUGACGUCAUCGAAUUGGUGACUUAUAACGCCAUGAGGCUUACCACGACAGGCACGCCUGGGGUUACGUAUAUUGACUUCCCGGGUAGUCUCAUCAGUGAGUCGAUAGAGAGAUCGCCCUAUCCUGUCCAAUCAAUCUCGAGGAUACAAUAUAUGCCCGAUACUGAGUCACUUCAAAGAGUAGUGAAACUUCUAUCAAGUGACCAGAACAAGAGAAUUCUGGUUGUGAUUGGCAAAGGAGCAGUGAAUGCUUCAAACGAAGUGCGUAAACUUAUCAAUGAUUACAAUUUGCCCUUCUUAAGUACUCCGAUGGCUAAGGGCGUCGUACCAGAUUCACAUCCACUUAACGCGUCUUCUGCAAGAUCAAAGGCACUGAAAGAGGCAGAGAUUGUUUUGGUUCUGGGAGCGAGACUGAACUGGAUCUUACAUUUUGGAGCUCCACCGAAAUGGGACGCAAACACGAUUUUCAUUCAAGUGGAUUGCGAUCCUGAAUCUUUGGGACAAAAUAAUCAAAGGGGAGUUGGUUAUUCAUUGUGUGGUGACAUCGGCCUCACUGUUAAGUCUUUAAUUGAGAAAUUGAAGCUUGAACGUUGGGCCUAUCAAGGGCUUUCAAGGGAACUUAGAAGCGCAAUUAAACUCAACCAUGAGAAGCUAGCGAAGAAGGAACAAAUUGUGCACCACGGUAGACUCAAUUAUAACAAGGUUUAUCAGUGCUUGAGGACGUUCAUUGAUGAUUCAAGAACCAUCAUAGUGUCGGAGGGAGCCAAUACAAUGGACCAGGCUCGAAUUUCCUUCCCAACCGACUAUCCAAAACACAGGCUCGAUGCAGGGACCAAUGCGACUAUGGGCAUAGGUUUAGGAUAUGCCAUAGCAGCCAAGAUCGCCAGACCUGAUAAGAGCAUUGUCCUGCUACAGGGUGAUUCAGCCUUUGGAUUCUCCGCGAUGGAAAUUGAAACCGCCGUCAGAAACCGGCUGGGACUUGUUAUUAUCGUGAUGAAUAACAGUGGGAUUUACCAUGGGGUUGGGCAAAAAGUAGAAGGAAGUCUUCCAUCAACGGCUCUGAGUCAAGAUUGCAGGUACGAUCUAGUAGGCCAGGGUUUGGGCGCAGUUGGAUAUAUUGUGCAUACUUUACAGGAAUUAGAGAAUGCCUUCAAGAAAUCACUGCAAGCAUCAUUGAUAGCCCAGGAAACAAGCGUCAUUAAUGUCAUUAUUGAAGCCGGUAAACAAGGUAAGUUGUCAUUUGGUUGGCAAACUGUCAAGAAGGAACGAUUAUGA